CAGUGUCGCUCCCGGAUGACGCCAGUGCGUAGCUGCAGGGCGCCGGAGUGGGCCGGAGCGCGGGAUGGAGAUGGAGGACGAGAGCGCGUUCCAAGUCACGGACAUUCCAGGAAUUGAUCCUAGAGGACCCAUAGGGUUUGAGUGGGGUCCUACAGAAAUGUUGGUUUAUCCAACACAAAAUGACCGGAAAGAAAAUCCCUCUGGUACUUCAUCGCAGAUGACCACCAUUCAAGUUGUUCUCAAAGAUAAGGAUAUAUACUCGCCAAUUCUGAGCAAACUUUUCAAUGAGUCACAUGGCAUCUUCAUGACACUUCAGAAAACCCAGAAGGAUAGCCCAAACAACAAAACUCAAUUAAUACAUAUUAGCAGAAACUACCGUUCAGUGAUGAGGGCUUAUCUGGAGGAGCUGCAUAAAACAGCAAUAUCUGUUUAUUCUCGUGAUCAAAACUUGUCAAUGGAGUUUGAAGAUCAGGUUUCGAUUCUGUCGGCAGUAGAACUGAUCUGGAACUUGUGCGAGAUUUUAUAUGUCGAGGCAGCUCAAGCUGGUUCUCUCAUCGGACUCCUUCUGGACUGGGUCAGAGUGCACAUCUGUCAAGUGGAUGCUAUGGCUGAACAGCUCAUGGACUCAGAAGAGCCCACACAACACCUGUACUACUGGAAUGUGAUUACUGGCUACGUACUCCAAAGCCGAAUGGCAGAGGCUCGACAGAUGCUGGCAAAGAAGGCCUUGCUUGAUCCUGCUGCCAGUUCCAUGUACAAAUGCAUGUCUGAUCUAAUGAGGAAAAUGCCCAUGUUCGUGCCUGGCAGUAAUCAGAACCUGACUGAGUUUGAGUUGAAAUGGCGUCAUUGGCAGGAAGAGUGCCAGCGAUGCCUGAGAGAGGGAAUCUUCGCACCCAAUAAAGAUAUGCUGCUGAUCUGCCAGAUUCUCGUGGGCAAUGAGGAUGCCUUGCUUGAGAAGAGGGAUCUCAUGUCCACCUGGUACCACUUCCUGGUUAGCAAGCUGCUGUUCACUCACCCGUCCGUAAAACCCACUGAACUUUAUCAAUUUGCUGAGGUCUGCCUGGAUCACUUCAUUCCUUAUGGGAGCCGACCAGAUCCUCUGGACCAUAUCCUGUUGGCAGUGUUUGAGUUCAACAUCCACCAGGUGUUGAAGAGUUGCUGCCUCGUCCUGAACAACUGGUGGUUUGUAGCCCAUUUGACAGACCUUUUGGAUCAUUGUAGCCUCCUGCAGUCGCAUAAUCUUCAUUUUGGGUCAAAUCUUCGUGAAUUCCUCAUUCUGGAGUAUGCUUCAGGACUGUCCAGUCACCACAGUCUGUGGCAGCUGGCCGUGGACUACUACGACUAUUGUCCGGACAUGGGCCGCGUGUACCUGGAGCUUUUCAUCGAGCGUGUUCCCCUCAGCACGGAACGGAAGGCACUGAAGGUGCUGAGAAUAUGUGAGCAGCGGCAGAUGACUGAGCAAGUGAGAAGCAUCUGCAAAAUCAUGGCCAUGAAAGCGUUGAGCAGCAAUCGGCUGGGAUCGGCACUGUCCUGGAGCGUUCGUGCCAAGGACUCCUUCUUUGCAACUCUCAUCUCUGACAGGUUACUGCAGAAUUACUCGAUCAAAGGAAGCUUUUCUGACUUUGACUUGAUCAGCAAUCUGGGCUCAUCAAUGCUGUUGAGUGACCGGCUCACCUUCCUGGGGAAGUAUUGUGAAUUUCACAAGUUGUACGGGGAGAUGCAGUUUGCGGAGGCGGCUAAGCUCCUGCUGCUACUGAUGACGGCCCGCAUUGCUCCACGGAGCUUCUGGAUGACACUGCUCCUGGAUGCACUUCCCCUCAUGGAGCAGAAAGAGGUUAUCUUUUCCACGGAGCAAACCUAUGAGCUCAUGCACUGCCUGGAGGAUGUGACAGCAGAUGAGGCACAGAGAGAGAAGGAGGCACAAGCAGUGGGGGUAAGAGGCCGAGGAAGACGUGGAGAUCACAAAACUGAACCUCCUUCGAUUGGCUUUCACUCGUAAUCUGGCAAAAGCCAUCGUCCAAGAAGGAACCCGACAAGAAUCUUGAAACUGACCUGAAAGCUGGAGAGUGGGAAGACAGACUGGUUUUGUAAUUUAAAGUUUUUUUUCCCCUCCUUGUUUAGAAACGAGAAAAAAUACAAAUUAAAAUGUUUUUUAUAUAAAAAGUA